UUUUUUUUUUUCCUUUCUUAGGACAAAAUUAAACUAUAACCCUCCAAAAGAUGAUGGAUCAACCUAUAAGAUUGAACUUGAAGGGAUAUCGGUAAUGGUUAUGAGAGAGAUCCUGGAUUACAUCUUCAGUGGGCAGAUCCGGCUAAGCGAAGAUACAAUCCAAGAUGUUGUACAGGCAGCAGAUCUACUCCUGCUGACAGAUCUUAAAACCCUGUGCUGUGAGUUUCUAGAAGGUUGCAUUGCUGCUGAGAACUGCAUUGGAAUCCGAGACUUUGCACUUCACUAUUGUCUGCACCACGUCCACUACCUUGCUACAGAAUACCUGGAGACUCACUUCCGAGAUGUCAGCAGCACUGAAGAAUUCUUAGAACUGAAUCCUCAAAAGCUUAAAGAAGUGAUUUCUCUUGAGAAAUUAAAUGUUGGCAAUGAAAGAUAUGUUUUUGAAGCAGUAAUUCGAUGGAUAGAACAUGAUACAGACAUUAGAAAGGUCCACAUGAAGGAUGUUAUGUCAGCACUAUGGGUUUCAGGGUUAGACUCCAGUUAUUUACGGGAACAGAUGCUUAAUGAACCACUGGUACGAGAAAUUGUCAAAGAGUGCAGCAAUAUACCACUGAGCCAGCCCCAGCAAGGAGAGGCCAUGCUGGCCAACUUCAAACCUCGAGGCUACUCUGAGUGCAUCGUGACUGUUGGUGGAGAAGAAAGAGUUUCACGGAAGCCAACAGCAGCCAUGCGAUGUAUGUGCCCUCUUUAUGACCCUAAUAGACAGCUUUGGAUUGAACUUGCCCCUUUAAGUAUGCCAAGAAUUAACCACGGAGUUCUCUCAGCAGAAGGAUUUUUGUUUGUAUUUGGGGGCCAAGAUGAAAAUAAGCAGACCCUGAGCUCUGGAGAAAAAUAUGACCCAGAUGAAAAUACAUGGACUGCAUUGCCGCCAAUGAAUGAGGCAAGACACAACUUUGGAAUUGUGGAGAUAGAUGGAAUGCUAUACAUUUUAGGAGGAGAGGAUGGUGACAAAGAGCUAAUUUCCAUGGAAUGUUAUGAUAUUUAUUCUAAGACAUGGACAAAGCAACCUGAUUUGACCAUGGUUAGAAAGAUUGGCUGCUAUGCAGCUAUGAAAAAAAAAAUCUAUGCCAUGGGUGGAGGGUCAUAUGGAAAACUUUUCGAAUCUGUGGAAUGUUAUGACCCAAGGACCCAACAAUGGACUGCUAUAUGUCCACUAAAAGAGAGAAGAUUUGGAGCCGUAGCCUGUGGAGUUGCCAUGGAAUUAUAUGUGUUUGGGGGAGUCAGAGGUCGUGAGGACAUCCAGGGUAGUGAGAUGGUAACUUGCAAAUCUGAAUUCUACCAUGAUGAGUUUAAAAGGUGGAUCUAUCUUAAUGACCAGAAUUUAUGCAUCCCUGCUAGUUCCUCUUUUGUUUAUGGAGCUGUACCCAUAGGAGCCAGUAUUUAUGUUAUUGGAGAUCUUGAUACAGGUACCAAUUACGACUAUGUGCGUGAGUUUAAAAGAAGCACAGGAACCUGGCACCACACAAAACCCCUUCUUCCAUCUGACCUGCGGCGCACUGGAUGUGCAGCCUUACGUAUUGCAAAUUGCAAGCUUUUCCGCCUCCAGCUGCAGCAAGGCUUAUUUCGUAUCCGAGUUCAUUCCCCCUGAAGUGAAAACAGAGCAGACGCAGGGCCCAAACCAAGUGCACCGUGACAGUGGCUUUUUGUGAGGGGACAGAGAUGGCAGCCAAAGCUUGCUCUGACUGUCUGCCUUUGUACGGUAUUUCUGGUGGUUUUAUAAUGCUUAAAAGCUUGAGCUCCUGUUUAGGAGAACGUGUAACUAUUGAAAAACCACCUGGGAGGGAACAGUUCCUCCGGUUUGAUGUGUCUGUAGCAAAUGGAGGCUAGUAAAUGUCAAAAGGAAAAGGAAAGUGGGAGUCAGUACAUUGUAAAAUAUUGAAGUUAAAACAUUAAGGUGCAUUUUCCCUGAAGGGAAUUGAGAUCUGAUAAACUGUUGUGUUCUAGUAUCUGGCUUUGGUAAACAAAUACAAAUCCUUAUAUGCAAAUCAACAUAUCCAAACCAUACCACAAUUGCUUUUCUAUUACACUUGGAAGGAAAUAUUAUGCCUAACCCUACCCAACAAAUUAAGGUUUGUGCCUAAAAUGUUAGAUUGGAUGACAUGCCAUUUAGUGUCGAUGUACCACUAGUACUCAUCUUAAGAAUCUCUUUAAAAUUAUUAUGAUAACUAAGAUAAAAAUUUCUAAGAUAAAAUUUAUUUUAUGACAUUCUAUCUUAGUAAUGUAACAGUUCAGUAAUUUGAUUCAAGUUGCAGCCCUCCUAUGAAUUUAAAGGAAGUUGCUAACUUCUCUGUUAAUUUAGAGUGAAAUACGGCAUAUCGUAAUUUCUAGGGGAGUACUCUUGGAGUUGUGAAGGAUCUCAUGCAGUGCCAUUCUUUCAAUUAAUCAAAACCAUUUUAUAAUAAAUAAGAGAAUAUUAGUGAGUAGGAGAUGUUAUAAAAAGAAAGAUCUGAGUCAAAUAGUAAAGAUCUGCUGUAAGAAAUAAAAUCUAUCCAGAUAAGAUAUGUAGGGAUCAAAAACUUAAAAAAAAAAACACAAAACAGACAAUCCCCGACUUAUGAUGGUUUACUUGGGAUUUUUUUUACUUUUUAAGGGUGUGAAAGCAAUACCCAUUCAGUAGCAGCCAAUACUUUCUUCCGACCCUGGGUGGCAAGUGGCUGUGGUUCCUGGUCAGCUUGUUGAUUUACAGUAUUUUCAACUUAUGAUGAGAUAUCAAUAUGCAAUUCCAUCAUAAAUCGAGGAAGAUCUGUACUCUGUCUGAAAGCACACAAAGUCUUGUUUACUACUGCUUAGGAUUUGAAAUCUUGUCUUAGGAUGCAAACCCGUGUUAAGAAUCUAGUCUUAGUAGUAGAAUUUUCUCAGUGCCGCUCAUUAGUAAAGAGUUUUAGACAAAUUAUGUUACAAGUUUGGCUGGUAGGGUAAACUACCUCAACUCAAUUUCAUUCUGUUCAUCAUAGGGCAAAUUAAUCCUUUACGCCUUUUCCUCUCAUUCCCAUGUCAGCCCACUCCACCCCACUUUCCAUUGGGGGAGAGAUCAUUCUUGGUAGCACAUAUCAUGUAAGAUAUUUUGUUUUUCAUUCAAAUUAUACCACUUUAGUGUGGAAUGAGGACCUUUGAAGUACUUGAUUACUUCAGAAUUUGAAUUUUAUGCAAUAUCAUAUUUCUAAUCAACUUAAUAUAUAAUUCCUAGUUUUUAAUUGUUUUCUAUAGCUUUUUUCUUAUUAGAAUAUGACUAUAAGAAGCAGCAUUUUGUCUUAAUGUUUAAAAGUUAUAUAAAUGUAUCUUUUGGUUAUAAAUUUGAGGAUGAGGUUUCUUCUAGAAACUUCCCAUAUGGAAUGUUUGUAUGCUACUACAUGUAAUGAAACAACUCUUAGGUUUUCCUACCCAUAAACAGAGAGGAGGGUGACCUAGCUGCACUUUUUUUCUUAAAUAUGUAGAAGACAAUAUUUGUAAAAGUUGCUGAAAGGAGCCUUGCCAGUGUGGGUGCUGAGAAUGUUCUGUUUGGCAGAAAUACUCACACAGUAAAAGAAGGUAUGAAAUUUCUGUCUUCUGUAUCAGAGGCACCAGACCAGAUUUGCCACACAUUCAUUUAACACAAACUUAAUAUGAAAGCAAAGCCAGGCUUUUUUUUUUUUUAAUUGUAUAUCUGUUGGCUAUUGUCUGUAGACCUUUUCCAGUGAUACUUUAACUAUCUUUUAAUCAUAGUGUACUAUGUAACCAUUGCAAAGGAAGAGGACUUCCUUACAGUUACUUUAAGUGGCAACAACUUGCAAAAUAAUAAUAAUAAUAAAUAAAGUUAAGUAGAUCUUUUUUAAUAAAAUACCCUAUAUAGAACAGAACCUUGGCUUUCAGAAGCUACAGUUGAAGUACAUUAAAAUACUGAUACCUUGUGAAAGCUAUAAUAGUUAUAGACUCCCCUUCUUUCAAUUCUGAAGUUUAAAAUUCAAGGAGACAUUUUUUUCUUUAGGAGUGAGUGGUUCCCAACUAAAAUAUUCUCAGUGCCUGUGUGAUUUGAUCAUUUCAUUUUAUAUAAGUAGCUUUUUUAAAAAUUCAGUUCGCUGACACUGUAGCUACAGAAAUUAAGUACUAAUUUAAAAAUAAAUUUGCCACUUAACAUGGGAUGCAAUAACUAAUAAAAGCUGCUAAGUGCCAAAUUGUUAUUUUGUUAUAUAUAAUUGUAAUAAAGUAUUAAGUUGAUGCAUAGGGAAGUAUUUAAUUUUGUGGUGUUCAAAAAGUAUCAUGACUUUGACAAAGUACAGAUAUUUCAGUAUUGUGAAAUAAAUUUUUAACUCAU